AUGAACCAAGAGCUGAACCAGGAAAUGAACCAAGCGCUGAACCAGGAAAUGAACCAAGCGCUGAACCAGGAAAUGAACCAAGCGCUGAACCAGGAAAUGAACCAAGCGCUGAACCAGGAAAUGAACCAAGCGCUGAACCAGGAAAUGAACCAGGUAAAUGAACCAGGAGGACCUACCUCAAUAGUAGUGUUGCAGUAUUUAGCACAGCCUUUAUUGUGCGUGGGGUUGAGAGGAGAUGUCUGAUAGUCACAGUCCUUCAUGUGACUUUGCUGUGGUACAGAAACACAACAAUAAGUACAGUAUCUUAUUAACAACAGAACAGGGUCGUUACCUUACAGGGUCAUUACCCUUACAGGGUCGUUACCUUACAGGGUCGUUACCUUACAGGGUCGUUACCUUACAGGGUCGCUACCUUACAGGGUCGUUACCUUACAGGGUCGUUACCUUACAGGGUCGUUACCUUACAGGGUCGCUACCUUACAGGGUCGUUACCUUACAGGGUCGUUACCUUACAGGGUCGUUACAGGGUCGUUACCUUACAGGGUCGUUACCUUACAGGGUCGCUACCUUACAGGGUCGCUACCUUACAGGGUCGUUACCUUACAGGGUCGUUACCUUACAGGGUCGUUACCUUACAGGGUCGUUAUCGUUACCAACAGGGUCGUUACCUUACAGGGUCGUUCCCUUACAGGGUCGUUACCUUACAGGGUCGUUACCUUACAGGGUCGCUACCUUACAGGGUCGUUACCUUACAGGGUCGUUCCCUUACAGGGUCGUUACCAACAGGGUCGUUACCUUACAGGGUCGUUACCUUACAGGGCCGUUAUCGUUACCAACAGGGUCGUUACCAACAGGGUCGUUACCUUACAGGGUCGUUACCUUACAGGGUCGUUACCUUACAGGGUCGCUACCUUACAGGGUCGUUACCUUACAGGGUCGUUACCUUACAGGGUCGUUACCUAACAGGGUCGUUACCUUACAGGGUCGUUACCUUACAGGGUCGCUACCUUACAGGGUCGUUAUCGUUACCUUACAGGGUCGCUACCUUAAAGGGUCGUUAUCGUUACCUUACAGGGUCGUUACCUUACAGGGUCGUUACCUUACAGGGUCGUUCCCUUACAGGGUCGUUACCUUACAGGGUCGUUACCUUACAGGGUCGUUACCAACAGGGUCGCUACCUUACAGGGUCGUUACCUUACAGGAUCGUUACCAACAGGGUCGCUACCUUACAGGGUCGUUACCUUACAGGGUCGUUACCAACAGGGUCGCUACCUUACAGGGUCGUUACCUUACAGGGUCGUUACCUUACAGGGUCGUUACCUUACAGGGUCGUUACCAACAGGGUCGUUACCUUACAGGGUCGUUACCAACAGGGUCAUUACCUUACAGGGUUGUUACCUUACAGGGUCAUUACCAACAGGGUCGUUACCUUACAGGGUCGUUACCUUACAGGGUCGUUACCUUACAGGGUCGCUACCUUACAGGGUCGCUACCUUACAGGGUCGCUACCUUACAGGGUCGUUACCUUACAGGGUCGUUACCUUACAGGGUCGUUACAGUGUCGUUACCUUACAGGGUCGCAACCAACAGAACCAAUAUAAAUAGUUGUAUCCUGUGCAUGCAUAGGACAUAUAAACGUUUGAUUUGAGUGUAGACAAAAUCAUUAGAAAUAUGUGUAAUUGUUUAUGAAGCUGGUCUUUUUGAAAGUAGUAUGAACUACUUAAUAAUACAGGCCAUGGGAUGAAUAGAGACAUGGACACACAUUCCAAAAGAUGUAGCAGAAGCUAAAUAUAUUUUCACUGCAUCAGGGAUAGCAGGCACAGACAUUUAACAGCCAGCCACCUUCAUGAGAGGAAUAGAAAACAUUGCUGUGAAUAUUUUACCAGUUCUACGCUUCCCUCGGGGCAGUGGGACUCAUAGAGGUAGCUGCACCUCACGCACGGGCCCUGGAGAACACACACAACCACAUCACACAGCCAUUUCCAAUAGAAUAGAACAGAAUCAAAUAGAACAGAACGUUUCCACCUACCACGAUGAUUUUGCUCUCUGUGACAUCACAUCUCUUAGGCAGGAUGGGGACGAUCGAGGGCGGGACUAGAACCCCGUCGAUCAUAUGGAUGACACCAUUGGAUGCCAUAAUAUUAGUACUCUGAAGAGGUUUCCCGCCCAGCAGCACCUGCCCCUGUCAGACACAGAGUCAUACCAAUGGAGACGUCCUUAAAAGGGGAAGUUCAGAAUUUUAAAACUAAAAUGUUAGAUGGUCACUCACCCUGAAAGGGGUCUAUGCAUCUAGCAUUAAGUUAUAAAAUAGUGACCCUCGCCUUUAACAAAUUCCAAUUGAAUUACUGCAAUGGUUUAUAAAUAAAUAGAGAAAAUGACAAUUCAAGUAAACAGUCCAGUAUAGAACACUGAGUCAUGAUCAAUUUGAUAAACUGAUCCUUUAGAUCAACCGAUCCUUUAGAUCAACCGAUCCUUUAGAUCAACCGAUCCUUUAGAUUCAAAACUGUUUUACAGAAAAGACCCAGGGUGUGUCCCAAUCGGCGCUCUAUUUCUUAUACAGUGAGGGAAAAAAGUAUUUGAUCCCCUGCUGAUUUUGUACGUUUGCCCACUGACAAAGACAUGAUCAGUCUACAAUUUUAAUGGUGUUUUAAGGAACACCUGGGAUAGGAUAAAGUAAUCCUUCUAACCCCCCACUUACCCCACCCCACCCCCCCAAAAAAUAAAUAAAAAUAAUAAAAAUAAUAAUAAUAAUAAUUGUAAAGUGGUUGUCCCACUGGCUAUAAGGUGAAUGCACCAAUUUGUAAGUCGCUCUGGAUAAGAGUGUCUGCUAAAUGACGUAAAAUGUUAAAAUGUAAACAGUGAGAGACAGAAUAACAACAAAAAAAUCCAGAAAAACGCAUGUCAAAAAUGUUAUAAAUUGAUUUGCAUUUUAAUGAGGGAAAUAAGUAUUUGACCCCUCUGCAAAACAUUACUUAGUACUUGGUGGCAAAACCCUUGUUGGCAAUCACAGAGGUCAGAUGUUUCUUGUAGUUGGCCACCAGGUUUGCACACAUCUCAGGAGGGAUUUUGUUCCACUCCUCUUUGCAGAUCUUCUCCAAGUCAUUAAGGUUUCGAGGCUGACUUUUGGCAACUCGAACCCUGAGCUCCCUCCACAGAUUUUCUAUGGGAUUAAGGUCUGGAGACUGGCUAGGCCACUCCAGGACCUUAAUGUGCCUCUUCUUGAGCCACUCCUUUGUUGCCUUGGCCAUGUGUUUUGGGUCAUUGUCAUGCUGGAAUACCCAUCCACGACCAAUUUUCAAUGCCCUGGCUGAGGGAAGAAGGUUCUCACCCAAGAUUUGACGGUACAUGGCCCCAUCCAUCGUCCCUUUGAUGCGGUGAAGUUGUCCUGUCCCCUUAGCAGAAAAACACCCCCAAAGCAUAAUGUUUCCACCUCCAUGUUUGACGGUGGGGAUGGUAUUCUUAGGGUCAUAGGCAGCAUUCCUCCUCCUCCAAACACGGCGAGUUGAGUUGAUGCCAAAGAGCUCGAUUUUGGUCUCAUCUGACCACAACACUUUCACCCAGUUCUCCUCUGAAUCAUUCAGAUGUUCAUUGGCAAACUUCAGACGGGCCUGUAUAUGUGCUUUCUUGAGCAGAGGGACCUUGCGGGCGCUGCAGGAUUUCAGUCCUUCACGGCGUAGUGUGUUACCAAUUGUUUUCUUGGUGACUAUGGUCCCAGCUGCCUUGAGAUCAUUGACAAGAUCCUCCCGUGUAGUUCUGGGCUAAUUCCUCACCGUUCUCAUGAUCAUUGCAACUCCACGAGGUGAGAUCUUGCAUGGAGCCCUAGGCCGAGGGAGAUUGACAGUACUUUUGUGUUUCUUCCAUUUGUGAAUAAUCGCACCAACUGUUGUCACCUUCUCACCAAGCUGCUUGGCGAUGGUCUUGUAGCCCAUUCCAGCCUUGUGUAGGUCUACAAUCUUGUCCCUGACAUCCUUGGAGAGCUCUUUGGUCGUGGCCAUGGUGGAGAGUUUGGAAUCUGAUUGAUUGAUUGCUUCUGUGGACAGGUGUCUUUUAUACAGGUAACAAACUGAGAUUAGGAGCACUCCCUUUAAGAGUGUGCUCCUAAUCUCAGCUCGUUACCUGUAUAAAAGACACAUGGGAGCCAGAAAUCUUUCUGAUUGAGAGGGGGUCAAAUACUUAUUUCCCUCAUUAAAAUGCAAAUCAAUUUCUAACAUUUUUGACAUGCGUUUUCUGGAUUUUUUUGUUGUUAUUCUGUCUCUCACUGUUCAAAUACUAUAGACUGAUCAUUUCUUUGUCAGUGGGCAAAUGUAUAAAAUCAGCAGGGGAUCAAAUACUUUUUUCCCUCACUGCAGUGCACUACUUUUGACCAGGGCCCUGUGGGGAAUAGGGUUUAGGGUGUCAUUUGGGAAGCGGCCCCAGUCAGUAAUAACCCAACUUACAUCGUUGGUGAGGUUGACCAGUAGGAUCUGAUUGGCCAUGGUCUGAAUCAGCCCCAUGCUUGCCAGCUGGUCCACGGUCAACUACAGAGAUAGAAUAAAGAAUUAAUAGCUGUGCUCCACUCGGUAAUUCCUAAUCAAAAGUCUUUAGGUGCAGGGUUCCAAAGGCAGAUAAACUGGGAAACUAAACCAGCGCUCACUGUAGCAGGAUGUAGCAGUGUUUAGGAUGUCAUGGUGUUUAGCAGUAGCAGAGAGUUUUUUAAACUGACACGUUUCGGCGACAAGCAUUAGAGUUUGAAACAUGUCUGUUUGAGUGAAGCCCAUUUAAAAAAGGAACUCAGCAAGAUGACCUCGUCAACAACCACAACAACAUCAUUCGCUUUUGUACAAUUUUGUACAGUGGUUUUCUACGUCGGAGACCGGGGUUCGAUCCCACCUAUAACAUAAGCCCUUGUAACAUGUUGUAAAGUGGUUUUCCACGCUGGAGACCGGGGUUCAGAUCCCACCUGUAACAUGUUGUAAAGUGGUUUUCCACGCCGGAGACCAUGUUUCAGAUCCCACCUGUAACAUACAGUGCCUUGCAAAAGUACUCAUCCCCCUUGGCGUUUUUCCUAUUUUUGGAUUUCAUGUAAUGUACAUACACAAAAUAGUCCAAAUUGGUGAAGUGAAAUGAAAAAAAUAACUUGUUUACAUUUUUUAUAAAAAAUAAAUAAUGGAAAAGUGGUGCGUGCAUAUGUAUUCACCCACUUUGCUAUGAAGCCCCUAAAUAAGAUCUGGUGCAACCAAUUACCUUCAGAAGUCACAUAAUUAGUUAAAGUCCACCUGUGUGCAAUCUAAGUGUUACAUGAUCUGUCACAUGAUCUCAGUAUAUAUACACCUGUUCUGAAAGGCCCCAGAGUCUGCAACACCACUAAGCAAGCGGCACCAUGAAGACCAAGGAGCUCUCCAAACAGGUCAGGGACAAAGUUGUGGAGAAGUACAGAUCAGGGUUGGGUUAUAAAAAGAGAUCAGAAACUUUGAACAUCCCACAGAGCACCAUUAAAUCCAUUAUUAAAAAAUUGAAAGAAUAUGGCACCACAGCAAACCUGCCAAGAGAGGGCUGCCCACCAAAACUCAUGGACCAGGCAAGGAGGGCAUUAAUCAGAGAGGCAACAAAGACACCAAAGAUAACCCUGAAGGAGCUGCAAAGCUCCACAGCGGAGAUUGGAGUAUCUGUCCAUAGGACCAUUUUAAGCCGUACACUCCACAGAGCUGGGCUUUACAGAAGAGUGGCCAGAAAAAAGCCAUUGCUGAAAUAAAAAAAUAAGCAAACACGUUUGGUGUUCGCCAGAAGGCAUGUGGGAGACUCCCCAAACAUAUGGAAGAAGGUAAUCUGUUCAGAUGAGACUAAAAUUGAGCUUUUUGGCCAUCAAGGAAAACGCUAUGUCUGGUACAAACCCAACACCUCUCAUCACCCCGAGAACACCAUCCUCACAGUGAAGCAUGGUGGUGGCAGCAUCAUGCUGUGGGGAUGUUUUUCCAUCGGCAGGGACUGGGAAACUGGUCAGAAUUGAAAGAAUGUUGGAUGGCGCUAAAUACAGGGAAAUUCUUGAGGGAAACCUGUUUCAGUCUUCCAGAGAUUUGAGACUGGGACGGAGGUUCAGCUUCCAGCAGGACAAUGACCCUAAGCAGUGGCGGCUCCUGAAAAAAUUCUCAGGAGGGGCAAUUUUUCUGAUGAUUUAGGUGACCUACACACAUUUUAAAAAAGAUAUGUCCAGCAACAACAUGAAGACAGGUGCAGCAUAUAAGUCAAUACCAGAAGCAUUUAUUGACUGAUCUGGGGAGAUGGAUUCCAGUUUCUGUGACAGAUUAUAAAUAAUCUCUGAUGCCUUUGUUAUAUUAGCUUUUGGUUGAAUGUACUGUCGUAGUAAAUAUAUAAUGUUAUAGCUUGGUCUGACUAAAAUCUUGUGCAUGACCCAUUUUGUGUUGGGCGUUUGUUUUCAAUCAAUGCUGUUCCUAUCCUAUAACAAUGGACAAAAGAGUCCUAUCUUGUCAGCCUUGUCAGCAGGUGGCCAAGGACAACACCCACGCCAUAGGUCUCUCAGUUCUUCCAACUCACGAGUUCUUGCUCUGAGGACACACACACACACACACACACACACACAUCAUCACUGAUAACACACACACACACACACACAUCAUCACUGCUAAACACACACACACACACACACAAAAAUCCCCUCUCUUUAGGCUGAACAUUUGAAGACAGAGAACCCGACUCAGAGCCAAUGCAACAGUGGAGGGGACCUCGCCCAACUCAUCAGGACCAAUCAGAAGAUCAGAACUACUAGAUUCAACCUACAUCAUUUAUUGUAUAAAAUGUCUGCACACAAUGUUUUCGGGGCUCUCUUCAGAUAGCUCCCUAAGAGUUUGACGAACGAGUCCGUGCACGCGAUUCCAGAUAUCUUUACCUCUGAAUAAACUGCCUUUAUUAUACCAUAUCCACCCUGUCCAAAGUCUCUACUUGGUCUCAGUUCUCCAGUAAACUUGUGAUUAUCAACAGUACACAACGGUAACAAACAAUUGGGGGAACUCACGGGGCAGAUAGUAAGGUCGCAGUGACACAGAAAGCAGUUCAAUGUCGCGGGUACAGAGUCGCUCUCUUACCAGGAUCGAUUUUCCCUGUGACUGUGUCAGAUCGCGGUCCGCUCUGACCAGGGUGAAGCCGGCCGGCUCCACUUCUCUGUCCGGGACUCUGUCAUCCAGCCAAGUCUCCCAGCUGUAUUGGAUUCCGCUGCCAGCAGCGUUUUCAUUAUUUAGUCCGUUCGUAGCGGGUAUGUACACGAUCAACAAGAUCAGUCCAAAACCCACCACGGGAAAUCCAUGGUUGGCAGAAUGUUUGUAAACUAAGUGUACAAAUUAAAAACAUAAAAUAACGCCACUAAGUGUACAAAAUAAAAACAUAAGAUAACGCCACACUGCAGGUCGCAACAGAGACGCUGCUAGCCGCUAUUUUCUUAGUUACGUUCAUGGUUACGUCACGUAUUUCGAAAGCGCGUAAGUGCAAGCCCACAGACACCCAUAGAGAUUGUAUUGAAAGCUUUGAAAUUUGAAAAAAAUAUAUUUUACAUGACAGGCUAUGAGAGACUUCUGGGCGAUUUGAAGCACGACUUUAGCCUGAUUUGACAUUUAGUGGCAGUCAGAUCAGAUUAGAACACUGAUAACUACUGUUGCCGUGAUAUAAUUGAUUAGAAAAAAAAUCCCUUCCUUUUCCCGUUUGGCAGUGCGUCGCCCAUAUCGCCCUAUUGAACAGGCCGUCCCUGACCCUAAGCAUACUGCUAAAGCAACACUCGAGUGGUUUAAGGGGAAACAUUUAAAUGUCUUGGAAUGGCCUAGUCAAAGCCCAGACCUCAAUCCAAUUGAGAAUCUGUGGUAUGACUUAAAGAUUGCUGUACACUAGUGGAACCCAUCCAAAUCGAAGGAGCUGGAGAAGUUUUGUCUUGAAGAAUGGGCAAAAAUCCCAGUGGCUAGAUGUGCCAAGCUUAUAGAGACAUAUCCCAAGAGACUUGCAGCUGUAAUUGCUACAAAAGGUGGCUCUACAAAGUAUUGACUUUGGGAGGGUGAAUAGUUAUGCACGCUCAAGUAUUCUGUUUUUUUGUCUUAUUUCUUGUUUGUUUCACAAGACAAAUUUUUUUGCAUCUUCAAAGUGGUAGGCAUGUUGUGUAAAUCAAAUGAUACAAACCCCCCAAAAAAUCUAAUUUUAAUUCCAGGUUGUAAGGCAACAAAAUAGGAAAAAUGCCAAGGGGGGUGAAUACUUUCGCAAGCCACUGUAAGCUCUUGUAACGUGUUGUAAAGGUGCUAACCACAGCCUGGCAGUACAGAAGGUGCAGUACAGAAGGUGCAGUACAGAAGGUGCAGUACAGAAGGUGCAGUACAGAAGGUGCAGUACAGAAGGUGCAGUACAGAAGGUGCAGUACAGAAGGUGCAGUACAGAAGGUGCAGUACAGAAGGUGCAGUACAGAAGGUGCAGUACAGAAGGUGCAGUACAGAAGGUGCUGUACAGAAGAUGCUUACCGCAGCCUGUGUGUAGAUAUGCUGUUUCAGCAGCUCUUGAAGCUUGCUCUGGGCCUUCAGUGGGAGAGAAGAGAGUUCUAUAUUGAACAGUUUUGCAAUUAUCUUUUACACUGGGAAUACUGUACGGUCAAGGAUUCUCUAGCAUUCACAUCACUGCCAUUUCCCUUUACAAACUAUUUCUGAAUUACAUUAAACUGCUUUUAAAUGACACCAUAUUGCCUUUAUAUUGUACAACUUUUGAAAAUAAUAACAUCUAUAGUAAAUGAUACAGCAUCUAUAGUAAAUGAUACAGCAUCUAUAGUAAAUGAUACAGCAUCUGUAGUAAAUGAUAUAGCAUCUAUAGUAAAUGAUACAGCAUCUAUAGUAAAUGAUACAGCAUCUAUAGUAAAUGAUACAGCAUCUAUAGUAAAUGAUACAGCAUCUAUAGUAAAUGAUACAGCAUCUGUAGUAAAUGAUACAGCAUCUAUAGUAAAUGAUACAGCAUCUGUAGUAAAUUUACAUUUACAUUACAUUUUAGUCAUUUAGCAGACGCUCUUAUCCAGAGCGACUUACAGGAGCAAUUAGGGUUAAGUGCCUUGCUCAAGGGCACAUUUACGUCAUUUAGCAGACGCUCUUAUCCAGAGCGACUACAAAUUGGUGCAUUCACCCUAUAGCCAGUGGGAUAACCACUUUACAAUUAUACUUUCUUUUUUUUUUUGGGGGGGGGGGGGGAAGAAUGAUUACUUUAUCCUAUCCCAGGUGUUCCUUAAAGAGGAACAUGAUAAAUGAUAAAGAGGUAAAUGAUACAGCAUCUAUAAUAGAUGAUACAGCAUCUAUAGUAAAUGAUACAGCAUCUAUAGUAGAUGAUACAGCAUCUAUAAUAGAUGAUACAGCAUCUAUAGUAAAUGAUAUAGCCUCUAUAGUAAAUGAUACAGCAUCUAUAGUAGAUGAUACAGCAUCUAUAGUAAAUGAUACAGCAUCUAUAGUAAAUGAUACAGCAUCUAUAGUAAAUGAUAUAGCAUCUAUAGUAAAUGAUAUAGCAUCUAUAGUAAAUGAUAUAGCAUCUAUAGUAAAUGAUACAGCAUCUAUAGUAAAUGAUAUAGCAUCUAUAGUAAAUGAUACAGCAUCUAUAUUAGUAGUAAAUGAUACAGCAUCUAUAGUAAAUGAUAUAGCAUCUAUAGUAAAUGAUACAGCAUCUAUAUUAGUAGUAAAUGAUACAGCAUCUAUAGUAAAUGAUAUAGCAUCUAUAGUAAAUGAUAUAGCAUCUAUAGUAAAUGAUACAGCAUCUAUAGUAAAUGAUACAGCAUCUAUAGUAAAUGAUAUAGCAUCUAUAUUAGUAGUAAAUGAUACAGCAUCUAUAGUAAAUGAUAUAGCAUCUAUAUUAGUAGUAAAUGAUACAGCAUCUAUAGUAAAUGAUAUAGCAUCUAUAUUAGUAGUAAAUGAUACAGCAUCUAUAGUAGAUGAUACAGCAUCUAUAGUAAAUGAUACAGCAUCUAUAGUAAAUGAUACAGCAUCUAUAGUAGAUGAUAUAGCAUCUAUAUUAGUAGUAAAUGAUACAGCAUCUAUAAUAGAUGAUACAGCAUCUAUAGUAAAUGAUAUAGCAUCUAUAUUAGUAGUAAAUGAUACAGCAUCUAUAGUAAAUGAUAUAGCAUCUAUAUUAGUAGUAAAUUAUACAGCAUCUAUAGUAGAUGAUACAGCAUCUAUAGUAAAUGAUACAGCAUCUAUAGUAAAUGAUACAGCAUCUAUAGUAAAUGAUACAGCAUCUAUAGUAAAUGAUACAGCAUCUAUAGUAAAUGAUACAGCAUCUAUAAUAGAUGAUACAGCAUCUAUAGUAAAUGAUAGAGCAUCUAUAGUAAAUGAUACAGCAUCUAUAGUAAAUGAUAGAGCAUCUAUAGUAAAUGAUACAGCAUCUAUAGUAAAUGAUACAGCAUCUAUAGUAAAUGAUACAGCAUCUAUAGUAAAUGAUACAGCAUCUAUAUUAGUAGUAAAUUAUACAGCAUCUAUAAUAGAUGAUACAGCAUCUAUAGUAAAUGAUAUAGCCUCUAUAGUAAAUGAUACAGCAUCUAUAGUAAAUGAUACAGCAUCUAUAGUAAAUGAUAUAGCAUAUAUAUCAACAUAUACAGUGCAUUCGGAAAGUAUUCAGACCCCUUGACUUUUCCCACAUUUUGUUACGUUACAGCCUUAUUCUAAAAUGAAUUAAAUAGUUUCCCCCCUCAUCAAGCUACACACAAUACCCCAUAAUGACAAAGCAAAAACAGGUUUGAACAAAUUUUGGAAAAUGUAUAUAUAAAAAAAAUGAAAUAUCACAUUUACAUAAGUAUUCACGUUCAAGUCCGGGCUCUGGCUGGGCCACUCAAGGACAUUCAGAGACUUGUCCCGAAGCCAUUCCUGAGUUGUAUUGGCUGUGUGCUUAGUGUCGUUGUCCUGUUGGAAGGUGAACCUUCGGCCCAGUCUGAGGUCCUAAGCACUCUGGAGCAGGUUUUCGUCAAGGAUCUCUCUGUACUUUGCUCCGUUCAUCUUUCCCUCGAUCCUGACUAGUCUCCCAGACCCUGUCGCUGAAAAACAUCCCCACAGCAUGAUGCUGCCACCACCAUGCUUCACCGUAGGGAUGGUGCCAGGUUUCCUCCAGACGUGACAGGAUGCACCAGAGCUCAAUUUCGAGUCUCAUAGCAAAGGGUCUGAAUACUUAUGUAAGUAAGGUAUUUCUGUUGUUUAUUUUUUAUAAAUUUGCAAAUAUUUCUAAAAACCUGUUUUCACUUUGUCAUUUUGGGGUAUUGUGUGUAGAUUGAUGAGGGAAAAAUAAUUUAAUAAAUUUUAGAAUAAGGCCGUAACAUAAUAACAUUUGGAAAAAGGUAAGGGUUCUGAAUACUUUCCGAAUGAACUGUACAGUAGUACACGGUAGUACUCACGUACAGCAUACAUGUAUAUACUAUAGUAUUAGUACUCACGUACAGCAUACAUGUAUAUACUAUAGUAUUAGUACUCAUAUACAGCAUACAUGUAUAUACUAUAGUAUUAGUACUCACGUACAGCAUACAGUGGGGAAAAAAGUAUUUAGUCAGCCACCAAUUGUGCAAGUUCUCCCACUUAAAAAGAUGAGCGAGGCCUGUGAUUUUCAUCAUAGGUACACGUCAACUAUGACAGACAAAUUGAGAAUAUUUUUUCCAGAAAAUCACAUUGUAGGAUCUUUAAGGAAUUUAUUUGCAAAUUAUGGUGGAAAAUAAGUAUUUGGUCACCUACAAACAAGCAAGAUUUCUGGCUCUCACAGACCUGUAACUUCUUCUUUAGGAGGCUCCUCUGUCCUCCACUCGUUACCUGUAUUAAUGGCACCUGUUUGAACUUGUUAUCAGUAUAAAAGACACCUGUCCACAACCUCAAACAGUCAAACUUCAAACUCCACUAUGGCCAAGACCAAAGAGCUGCCAAAGGACACCAGAAACAAAAUUGUAGACCUGCACCAGGCUGGGAAGACUGAAUCUGCAAUAGGUAAGCAGCUUGGUUUGAAGAAAUCAACUGUGGGAGCAAUUAUUAGGAAAUGGAAGACAUACAAGACCACUGAUAAUCUCCCUCGAUCUGGGGCUCCACGCAAGAUCUCACCCCGUAGGGUCAAAAUGAUCACAAGAACAGUGAGCAAAAAUCCCAGAACCACACGGGGGGACCUAGGGAAUGACCUGCAGAGAGCUGGGACCAAAGUAACAAAGCCUACCAUCAGUAACACACUACGCCGCCAGGGACUCAAACCCUGCAGUGCCAGACGUGUCCCCCUGCUUAAGCCAGUACAUGUCCAGGCCCGUCUGAAGUUUGCUAGAGUGCAUUUGGAUGAUCCAGAAGAGGAUUGGGAGAAUGUCAUAUGGUCAGAUGAAACCAAAAUAUAACUUUUUGGUAAAAACUCAACUCGUCGUAUUUGGAGGACAAAGAAUGCUGAGUUGCAUCCAAAGAACACCAUACAUACCUACUGUGAAGCAUGGGGGUGGAAACAUCAUGCUUUGGGGCUGUUUUUCUGCAAAGGGACCAGGACGGCUGAUCCAUGUAAAGGAAAGAAUGAAUGGGGCCAUGUAUCGUGAGAUUUUGAGUGAAAACCUCCUUCCAUCAGCAAGGGCAUUGAAGAUGAAACGUGGCUGGGUCUUUCAGCAUGACAAUGAUCCCAAACACACCGCCCGGGCAACGAAGGAGUGGCUUCGUAAGAAGCAUUUCAAGGUCCUGGAGUGGCCUAGCCAGUCUCCAGAUCUCAACCCCAUAGAAAAUCUUUGGAGGGAGUUGAAAGUUCGUUUUGCCCAGUGACAGCCCCAAAACAUCACUGCUCUAGAGGAGAUCUGCAUGGAGGAAUGGGCCAAAAUACCAGCAACAGUGUGUGAAAACCUUGUGAAGACUUACAGAAAACGUUUGACCAGUGUCAUUGCCAACAACGGGUAUAUAACAAAGUAUUGAAAAACUUUUGUUAUUGACCAAAUACUUAUUUUCCACCAUAAUUUGCAAAUAAAUUCAUAAAAAAUCCUACAAUGUGAUUUUCUGGAUUUUUUCCCUCAUUUUGUCUGUCAUAGUUGACGUGUACCUAUGAUGAAAAUUACAGGCCUCUCUCAUCUUUUUAAGUGGGAGAACUUGCACAAUUGGUGGCUGACUAAAUACUUUUUUCCCCACUGUACAUGUAUUUACUAUAGUAUUAGUACUCACGUACAGCAUACAUGUAUAUAGUAUAGUAUUAGUACUCACGUACAGCAUACAUGUAUAUACUAUAGUAUUAGUACUCACGUACAGCAUAUAAUAUAAUAAUAAUAAUAAUAUGCCAUUUAGCAGACGCUUUUAUCCAAAGCGACUUACAGUCGUGCGUGCAUACAUUUUUGUGUAUGGGUGGUCCCGGGGAUCGAACCCACUACCUUGGCGUUACAAGCGCCGUGCUCUACCAGCUGAGCUACAGAGUACCAGCAUACAUGUAUAUAGUAUAGUAUUUGUACUCACGUACAGCAUAUAUGUAUAUAGUAUAGUUUUAGUACUCACGUACAGCAUACAUGUAUAUAGUAUAGUAUUAGUACUCACGUACAGCAUACAUAUAUAUAUACUAUAGUAUUAGUACUCACGUACAGCAUACAUGUAUAUAGUAUAGUAUUAGUACUCACGUACAGCAUACAUGUAUAUAGUAUAGUAUUAGUACUCACGUACAGCAUACAUGUAUAUAGUAUAGUAUUAGUACUCACGUGGUACAGCAUAUAUAUCAGCCUGCCGUCUCUGAACUUGUCCACAGCAUCGUUGGUCGGGACGAACACAGUGAGAGGACCAGGACCUCUCAGAGGCAGAGUAGUCCCACAGUUCUGACAGAGAAAAAGGAGUAAGACAGACGUACAGACAGACAGACGUACAGACAGGCGGACAGACAGACAGGGGGACAGACAGGCGUACAGACAGACAGGGGGACAGACAGGCGUACAGACAGACAGGGGGACAGACAGGUGGACAGACAGACAGGGGGACAGACAGGCGUACAGACAGACAGGGGGACAGACAGGCGGACAGACAGACAGGGGGACAGACAGGCGGACAGACAGGCGGACAGACAGACAGGGGGAUAGACAGGCGGACAGACAGACAGGGGGAUAGACAGACAGGCGGACAGACAGGCGGACAGACAGGCGGACAGACAGACAGGGGGACAGACAGGCGUACAGACAGACAGGGGGACAGACAGGCGUACAGACAGACAGGGGGACAGACAGGUGGACAGACAGACAGGGGGACAGACAGGCGGACAGACAGGCGGACAGACAGACAGGGGGAUAGACAGGCGGACAGACAGGCGGACAGACAGACAGGGGGAUAGACAGACAGGCGGACAGACAGACAGGCGGACAGACAGACAGGGGGAUAGACAGACAGGCGGACAGACAGACAGACAGGCGGACAGGCGGACAGACAGGCGGACAGACAGACAGGGGGACAGACAGACAGGCGGACAGACAGACAGACAGACGUACAGACAAACGGACAGGCGGACAGACAGACAGGGGGACAGACAGACGUACAGACAGGCGGACAGACAGACAGACAGACGUACAGACAGGCGGACAGAGACAGACAGACAGACAGACAGACAGACAGAGAGACAGACGGACAGACAGGCGGACAGGCGGACAGACAGGCGGACAGGCGGACAGACAGGCGGACAGACAGACAGGGGGACAGACAGACAGGCGGACAGACAGACAGAGAGACAGACAGACGUACAGACAGGCGGACAGACAGGCGGACAUACAGACAGGAAAUGUGUCUUGGAUAUUCGAUGAUCAAGUCAUGCAUUAUCAUUAGUGCUCUCUACAAGGUUAAAAUCUGUGGUUCUGCCCCUGAGCAAGGCAGUUAACCCACUGUUCCCCGGGCGCCGAAGACGUGGAUGGCGAUUAAGGCAGCCCCUCGUACCUCUCUGAUUCAGAGGGGUGGGGUUAAAUGCGGAAGACACAUUACAGUUUAAUGCGUUCAGUUGUACAACUGACUAGGUAUCCCCCUUCCCCUUUCUCUGUAACCUAGCAGCAGAAUGCUUUAAGAAGCGUUAUGCCAGAAUGGUCCAAUAAGAAGGAAUCAGAAGGAACACUACCAGGGCCUGUAUUCAUAGUAGGAGUACUGUUCUAGGAUCAGUUUAGCUUUUUAGAUCAUAACUAAUAAUAUUACAUGGACAUGGAGGGACCCGAUCCCAGAUCAGCACUCCUCCUACUCUGAGAGUCUUUGUGAGUAUGAACCCUGAAACAAAACAUCUAGUGAAACACCAUUAGAGGCCACUCACGUCCACCAGCGACAGGAAGCGGUUGUAUUUCCCAUCCCUGGUGAGGAUCUCCCCGAUGGUCUUAUCAGCAAACUUCAAGUGAGAGAAUGAUUAGUCAGUAUCAUCGAAAGAGUUCGAUAAGAGGGAACAUCCUUGUAUCGUUGCCAUAAUGGCUCCUGUGACAGAAUAGGCAGCGCCUCUGAGGGCUAUCUCCAUUUUAAAGUAGUUCAUUUCUUCUUCUACUACUUCUGUGAGUUUAUUGACAGUCUAAACAAACUGAGAGGUUGCAUACUGCCCCCUGGAGGGUGUUGUCUGAACAGGUAUAAACCCAAGGUUGGUGAUUUACUGCCCCCUGGAGGGUGUUGUCUGAACAGGUAUAAACCCAAGGUUGGUGAUUUACUGCCCCCUGGAGGGUGUUGUCUGAACAGGUAUAAACCCAAGGUUGGUGAUUUACUGCCCCCUGGAGGGUGUUGUCUGAACUGGUAUAAAGCCAAGGUUGGUGAUAUACUGCCCCCUGGAGGGUGUUGUCUGAACAGGUAUAAACCCAAGGUUGGUGAUUUACUGCCCCCUGGAGGGUGUUGUCUGAACUGGUAUAAAGACAAGGUUGGUGAUUUACUGCCCCCUGGAGGGUGUUGUCUGAACAGGUAUAAAGCCAAGGUUGGUGAUUUACUGCCCCCUGGAGGGUGUUGUCUGAACAGGUAUAAAGCCAAGGUUGGUGAUUUACUGCCCCCUGGAGGGUGUUGUCUGAACAGGUAUAAAGCCAAGGUUGGUGAUUUACUGCCACCUGCAGUUAUGGAAUGUUUUGUCAUGAGCAUAAUGCAUUGACUGAUCCCUCCUGAUGACCUUGAUAUAAUUAUGUGAUCCUUCCUUAACCCAUAGGAAGUCCCAGCCAGUUGACUACUUCAAAAUGGUGAUUGCACCGUUUUGUGAAAAGUGAGCCCUCUAUGCAACUCUAUGGUAUCAUCCAAUCACAAGUGGUAGCAAUAGUAUAAUGUUAAGGUCGUUUCUUCAUCCUGGUCCUUUGGGUCCCAAAGGGGUGCACAUUUUAGUUUUUGCCCCACAGCACUACACAGCUGAUUACACUAAUAAAAGCCUUAAUGAUGAGUUUAUUAUUUAAAUCAGGUGUUUAGUGCUGUGGGCAAAAACUAAAAUGUGCCCCCCAGGACCAGGAUUUAAAAACACUGUGUGAAGGAAAACCAGCAGUACUGCGGACCUCUGGGCUUUUCUAUUCAUUAUAAUUCUAUGGUAACACCUGCUCAUCCUUUGGGCUGUCAGAGAGGAUGUUCCUGGGAAUGAUUGGCUGGUCGAUGAUAUGGAUAACUCCAUUGGCUGCUGGGAUGUCCUGCUGGAUGACUGAGUAGAGAGUCUCAGGAGACUUCAUCAAUAUGAAUUGCUGUCAAACACAAAACACAUUUGGGGUUGGACCACCACAUGUAAACUGCGUUCCAAAUGGCACCAUAUUCCCUAUAUACUAGUUCACUACUUUUGACUAGAGCUCUGGUCAAAAGUAGUGCACUAUAUAGGGAAUGGGGUGCCAUUCUCUGGUCUAACGUAGUGCACUAUAUAGGGAAUAGGGUGCCAUUCUCUGGUCUAAAGUAGUGCACUAUAUAGGGAAUAGGGUGCCAUUCUCUGGUCUAAAGUAGUGCACUAUAUAGGGAAUAGGGUGCCAUUCUCUGGUCUAAAGUAGUGCACUAUAUAGGGAAUAGGGUGCCAUUCUCUGGUCUAAAGUAGUGCACUAUAUAGGGAAUAGGGUGCCAUUCUCUGGUCUAAAGUAGUGCACUAUAUAGGGAAUAGGGUGCCAUUCUCUGGUCUAAAGUAGUGCACUACAUAGGGAAUAGGGUGCCAUUCUCUGGUCUAAAGUAGUGCACUAUAUAGGGAAUAGGGUGCCAUUCUCUGGUCUAAAGUAGUGCACUACAUAGGGAAUAGGGUGCCAUUCUCUGGUCUAAAGUAGUGCACUAUAUAGGGAAUAGGGUGCCAUUCUCUGGUCUAAAGUAGUGCACUAUAUAGGGAAUAGGGUGCCAUUCUCUGGUCUAAAGUAGUGCACUAUAUAGGGAAUGGGGUGCCAUUCUCUGGUCUAAAGUAGUGCACUACAUAGGGAAUAGGGUGCCAUUCUCUGGUCUAAAGAAGUGCACUAUAUAGGGAAUAGGGUGCCAUUCUCUGGUCUAAAGUAGUGCACUAUAUAGGGAAUAGGGUGCCAUUCUCUGGUCUAAAGUAGUGCACUAUAUAGGGAAUAGGGUGCCAUUCUCUGGUCUAAAGUAGUGCACUAUAUAGGGAAUAGGGUGCCAUUCUCUGGUCUAAAGUAGUGCACUAUAUAGGGAAUAGGGUGCCAUUCUCUGGUCUAAAGUAGUGCACUAUAUAGGGAAUAGGGUGCCAUUCUCUGGUCUAAAGUAGUGCACUACAUAGGGAAUAGGGUGCCAUUCUCUGGUCUAAAGUAGUGCACUAUAUAGGGAAUAGGGUGCCAUUCUCUGGUCUAAAGUAGUGCACUAUAUAGGGAAUAGGGUGCCAUUCUCUGGUCUAAAGUAGUGCACUAUAUAGGGAAUAGGGUGCCAUUCUCUGGUCUAAAGUAGUGCACUAUAUAGGGAAUAGGGUGCCAUUCUCUGGUCUAAAGUAGUGCACUAUAUAGGGAAUAGGGUGCCAUUCUCUGGUCUAAAGUAGUGCACUAUAUAGGGAAUAGGGUGCCAUUCUCUGGUCUAAAAUAGUGCACUAUAUAGGGAAUAGCGUGCCAUUCUCUGGUCUAAAGUAGUGCACUAUAUAGGGAAUAGGGUGCCAUUCUCUGGUCUAAAGUAGUGCACUAUAUAGGGAAUAGGGUGCCAUUCUCUGGUCUAAAGUAGUGCACUACAUAGGGAAUAGGGUGCCAUUCUCUGGUCUAAAGUAGUGCACUAUAUAGGGAAUAGGGUGCCAUUCUCUGGUCUAAAGUAGUGCACUAUAUAGGGAAUAGGGUGCCAUUCUCUGGUCUAAAGUAGUGCACUAUAUAGGGAAUAGGGUGCCAUUCUCUGGUCUAAAGUAGUGCACUAUAUAGGGAAUAGGGUUGCCAUUCUCUGGUCUAAAGUAGUGCACUAUAUAGGGAAUAGGGUGCCAUUCUCUGGUCUAAAGUAGUGCACUAUAUAGGGAAUAGGGUGCCAUUCUCUGGUCUAAAAUAGUGCACUAUAUAGGGAAUAGCGUGCCAUUCUCUGGUCUAAAGUAGUGCACUAUAUAGGGAAUAGGGUGCCAUUCUCUGGUCUAAAGUAGUGCACUAUAUAGGGAAUAGGGUGCCAUUCUCUGGUCUAAAGUAGUGCACUAUAUAGGGAAUAGGGUGCCAUUCUCUGGUCUAAAGUAGUGCACUAUAUAGGGAAUAGGGGGCCAUGCUCUGGUCUAAAGUAGUGCACUAUAUAGGGAAUAGGGUGCCAUUCUCUGGUCUAACGUAAUGCACUAUAUAGGGAAUAGGGUGUCAUUCUCUGGUCUAAAGUAGUGCACUAUAUAGGGAAUAGGGGGCCAUUUGAGACGCAACCGUAAAGAAUGAGGACAUUUUUCAGAGCAUACACAAGAUAACUUAGGGUUGCAAAAUUCCUGUAACGUCCAAGGUUUUUCCAGAAACCCCGGUUGGAGGAUUCUCGGAUUUCCUGCUUAUUCCCUUUCUGAUGGAACAUUCCAACUGGGAAAACCUAUGCAUCAUUUUUCAACCUUAUCCAAAGCAUUCAAUAUUCAGUUUAAAAUCUGAAGAGAAAUAAUUCAAAGAGAUUUAGUUUAUCCUGUAGAUGAAAGAUUAUUGAAAGAUAUGAUUUGAACCAAGAUAUGAAAGGUAUGAUUUGCCUAGACACACAGAUGAAUGAGAAUAUAAUAUUUCCUUCACCUUAUUGGGCUUGAACCUGAGUUGUAGUCCACUUGCAGUAUAGACGUCGGUUCCAUCCAGGCUUUUAUACAGGUACUGGCCCCUCACCAGGUAACGUUGACACACAGACUCGUCUGAAACACCCUGAGGGGGUUGGACAACAGGACAGGAGUCGGUAACCUGGGCUGCAUCUCUAAUGGUCCCCUAGUACUAAGGUUGCAACAUUCCGAUAACUUUCCCCAAAAUUCCCUGGUUUUCCCAAAAUCCUGGUUGGAGGAUUGACGGAUUUUCCUGGGUAUUCUCUUAUACAUCCAGAAAUCUUGCAACCAGGAUUUCUGGAAAGCCGUUGAAUUUUUGGCAAAGUUACCAGAAUUAUGCAACCCUACCCAGUACACAUGUAAUUUUCGCUAACAAUUUAGCAGAAGAGAGCGUAAGCUUGGGAUGCAACUCUGGUCCCCGAUCAGAUCUGAAAGUGGUCCUCUGUAGCUCAAUUGGUAGAGCAUGGCUCUUGUAACGCCAGGGUAGUGGGUUCGAUCCCCGCGACCACCCAUAUGUAAAAAUGUAUGCAAGCGUGACUGUAAGUCGCUUUGGAUAAAAGCGUCUGCUAAAUGGCAUAUUAAAGUGCUUUAGCUGACUGGUUGCCAUGACGUAGACUAAAGCAGUGAUGCUGUUGUAACUCUGAACCAGCUCAUUGACCUAUUAAAGGGCUUGAUGAUCAGGUGAUCAGGUGUGCUAGCUCUGGAAUAGUUAAAUACAUGGAACGGCUGUGGGUCCCGAGGAGAGGUUUGACUAAAGCACAGACAGAUCUGGGAUCAGUUAGUAUGAUUGGCAACUCCUGGGUUAGGUUAUAAGGGUUAGGUUGUUAGGGUUACGUUAUUAGGGUUAGGGUUGUUACGGUAACUUACUGCUAGAGGCACUUUGAGUAGAGGGAUGAAAGCGGUGAAAGGUCCCCGUUGGCUCAUGGUCAGCAUACAGCCUCUCACUGAAUAUAAAGAAAACAGACAUUAGUAACCUGCCCUUUUAACAACAACAACAACAACACACACAGGGAGGUUGGGUACCAAAUAGCAUGAUGGCUCCAGAGAGCUUCCCCUUGUGGGUCCCCUCCCUGUCCAACUCCACUAGCCGCUCUAUCAGGUUGCCAUAACAACGGUAGCCAUCGCCGAUCUGUUGGGCGUCACACAGGCACCUGACCGAGGAGAGAGAGAGAUAGAGAGCAUUCAAUUCAGAGUUAAAAUAUUGGGGGGGGGGGGUUCAGUCCUCUCUAGAGUGCUGGGUGUGACAGGGUUUUGUCCAGACCUACCUACCACUGUUCUACUAAUCAGCUAAUAUCAGAUCCUGAUAUUGAAUCAGUGUGUUAGAGCAGCGCCAAAACCCGCAGCCUACCCAGCCCUCCAGGAGUCAGGUUUAAUUCGGGUACCUCCCAGUCCCCGUCCAGAAACCCUGUUGGAGGAUUCCCAGAUUUCCCUAUCCCUUUUGAUUCCAGGAUUGGAGGAAAGAGAGAAUAGACUUCAUAGAGUUAACAUGUUGUGGGGGGGUUUUUUUCCUAGCUUCCUAGGCAGCUGCUGUUGCAUCUGCAUUUGCGAUUCUUUACACCGGGGUUUCUAUAGGACUAUCGUGACCUUGAUUAGUUAAAAAAGGUGCUUUAGAGAGUGGCAUAUCUGAAAUAUUGAUCCUCGGAGGUUAGUUUAAAUCGUAACGUUCCCCAGGUCCCGUUUCACAGAACGGGCGGUUGGGGAGUGUGUCAUUCACAUCCUUCAUUCCAGGAUUUGGAGGAAGGGGUUAGACCCAUUCAUCUUUGAGACUGACAGAUUGAAGGAUUUAUCAGGCUUUACCACUGUGUUCACCUGCCAUUCCCCGUUAGGUUACACACGGUUUCUAUGCCUAUUCCCUCUGAUGAAACAAAAGGGCUUUACAAUACAUGUAUUAACAUGCGCUCACUAUAUCACAGAGUUUACAUUAACGUACCCCCUGAAUCAGUCCACCGAUUUACCAAGCGGCCCCUGAGCGUACAAGAGUUUACACAACACCAGCUUCGCAACACGAAGGGGUAAGCCUCACCAACCACUCCACUCGACCAUUACACCAGAACCAACAUACCACCAACAUACACACAGGUAACCAACCCAUCCCCUCAACCAUAACACAGAGUUACACCUACCAUCCCCCUCAACCAUACACCAGAGAAAACAACCUCACCAUCUCCCUACGACCAUACACAAGAUUACACCACCAUCCCCUCGACCAUACACACAGAGUUACACCUAACCAUCCCCCUCAACCAUACACACAGAGUUACACCUAACCACCCCCUCAACCAUAAACACAGAGUUACACCUAACCAUCCCCCUCAACCAUACACAAGAGAAACACCUAACCAUCCCCCUCAACCAAUACACCAGUACCCUAACAUCUCCCAUCAAUCAACACACAGAGUUACACUGGAGAUACACCUAACCAUCCCCCUCAACCAUACACACAGAGUUACACCUAACCAUCCCCCUCAACCAUACACACAGAGUUACACCUAACCAUCCCCCUCAACCAUACACACAGAGUUACACCUAACCAUCCCCCUCGACCAUACAUUUACAUUUUAGUCAUUUAGCAGACGCUCUUAUCCAGAGCGACUUACAGUUAGUGAAUACAUAUUUUUUUAUACUGGCCCCCCGUGGGAAUUGAACCCACAACCCUGGCGUUGCAAACGCCAUGCUCUAUCAACUGAGCUACAUCCCUGCCGGCCAUUCCCUCCCCUACCCUGGACGACGCUGGGCCAAUUGUGCGCCACCCAUGAGUCUCCCGGUCGCGGCCGGCUGCGACAGAGCCUGGAUUCGAACCAGGAUCUCUAGUGGCACAGUUAGCACUGCGAUGCAGUGCCUUAGACCACUGCGCCACAACCAUACACACAGUUACACCUAACCAUCCCCCUCAACCAUACACACAGAGUUACACCUAACCAUCCCCCUCGACCAUACACACAGAGUUACACCUAACCAUCCCCCUCAACCAUACACACAGAGUUACACCUAACCAUCCCCCUCAACCAUACACACAGAGUUACACCUAACCAUCCCCCUCAACCAUACACACAGAGUUACACCUAACCAUCCCCCUCGACCAUACACACAGAGUUACACUGGAGUUACACCUAACCAUCCCCCUCAACCAUACACACAGAGUUACACCUAACCAUCCCCCUCGACCAUACACACAGAGUUACACCUAACCAUCCCCCUCAACCAUACACACAGUUACACCUAACCAUCCCCCUCGACCAUACACACAGAGUUACACCUAACCAUCCCCCUCAACCAUACACACAGAGUUACACCUAACCAUCCCCCUCGACCAUACACACAGAGUUACACCUAACCAUCCCCCUCAACCAUACACACAGAGUUACACCUAACCAUCCCCCUCAACCAUACACACAGAGUUACACCUAACCAUCCCCCUCAACCAUACACACAGAGUUACACUGGUUGUUAAUGUUAAAGGCCCAGUGCAGUCUAAAACGUGACUUUCCUGUGUAUCAUAUAUCCAGUAUCUCACAAAAGUGAGUACACCCCUCACAUUUUUGUAAAUAUUUGAGUAUAUCUUUUCAUGUGACAACACUGAAGAAAUGACACUUUGCUACAUUGUAGAGUAGUGAGUGUACAGCUUGUAUAACAGUGUACAUUUGCUGUCCCCUCAAAAUAACUCAACACACAGCCAUUAAUGUCUAAACCGCUUGCAACAAAAGUGAGUACACCCCUAAGUGAAAAUGUCCAAAUUGGGCCCAAUUAGCCAUUUUCCCUCCCCGGUGUGACUCGUUAGUGUUACAAGGUCUCAGGUGUGAACGGGGAGCAGGUGUGUUAAAUUUGGUGUCAUCGCUCUCACACUCCCUCAUACUGGUCACGCACCUCAUGGCAAAGAACUCUCUGAGGAUCUGAAAAAAAAAGAAUUGUUGCUCUACAUAAAGAUGGCCUGGGCUAUAAGAAGUUUGCCAAGACCCUGAAACUGAGCUGCAGCACGGUGGCCAAGACCAUACAGCGGUUUAACAGGACAGGUUCCACUCAGAACAGGCCUCGCCAUGGUCGACCAAAGAAGUUGAGUGCACGUGCUCAGCGUCAUAUCCAGAGGUUGUCUUUGGGAAAUAGACGUAUGAGUGCUGCCAGCAUUGCUGCAGCGGUUGAAGGGGUCGGGGGUCAGCCUGUCAGUGCUCAGACCAUACACUGCACCAAAUUGGUCUGCAUGGCUGUCGUCCCAGAAGGAAGCCUCUUCUAAAGAUGAUGCACAAGAAAGCCCGCAAACAGUUUGCUGAAGACAAGCAGACUAAGGACAUGGAUUACUGGAACCAUGUCCUGUGGUCUGAUGAGACCAAGAUAAACUUAUUUGGUUCAGAUGGUGUCAAGCGUGUGUGGCGGCAACCAGGUGAGGAGUACAAAGACAAGUGUGUCUUGCCUACAGUCAAGCAUGGUGGUGGGAGUGUCAUAGUCUGGGGCUGCAUGAGUGCUGCCGGCACUGGGGAGCUACAGUUCAUUGAGGGAACCAUUAAUGCAACAUGUACUGUGACAUACUGAAGCAGAGCAUGAUCCCCUCCCUUCGGAGACUGGGCCGCAGGGCACUAUUCCAACAUGAUAACGACCCCAAACACACCUCCAAGACGACCACUGCCUUGCUAAAGAAGCUGAGGGUAAAGGUGAUGGACUGGCCAAGCAUGUCUCCAGACCUAAACCCUAUUGAGCAUCUGUGGGGCAUCCUCAAACGGAAGGUGGAGGAGUGCAAGGUCUCUAACAUCCACCAGCUCUGUGAUAUCAUCAUGGAGGAGUGGAAGAGGACUCCAGUGGCAACCUGUGAAGCUCUGGUGAACUCCAUGCCCAAGAGGGUUAAGGCAGUGCUGGAAAAUGAUGGUGGCCACACAAAAUAUUGACACUUUGGGCCCAAUUUGGACAUUUUCACUUAGGGGUGUACUCACUUUUGUUGCCAGCGGUUUAUAUAUUAAUGGCUGUGUGUUGAGUUAUUUUGAGGGGACAGCAAAUGUACACUGUUAUACAAGCUGUACACUCACUACUUUACAUUGUAGCAAAGUGUCAUUUCUUCAGUGUUGUCACAUGAAAAGAUAUACUCAAAUAUUUACAAAAAUGUGAGGGGUGUACUCACUUUUGUGAGAUACUGUAUUUCCACGCUAUGAGGUUGGAAUAAUACUGUGAAAUUGUGAAAAUUACAGUAUAAAGCCCUUUUAGUGUCAGAGCUGAUUGAAAAGACGGCCUGAAACCUCUCUGCCAAUAACAGCUAGUUUUCCAUUAACAGACCAACCCUGCUGGUAUAGACACAGACUAACCCUGCUGGUAUAGACACAGACUCACCCUGCUGGUAUAGACACAGACUACCCCUGCUGGUAUAGACACAGACUAACCCUGCUGGUAUAGACACAGACUAACCCUGCUGGUAUAGACACAGACUCACCCUGCUGGUAUAGACACAGACUAACCCUGCUGGUAUAGACACAGACUAACCCUGCUGGUAUAGACACAGACUAACCCUGCUGGUAUAGACACAGACUAACCCUGCUGGUAUAGACACAGACUAACCCUGCUGGUAGAGACACAGACUAACCCUGCUGGUAUAGACACAGACUAACCCUGCUGGUAUAGACACAGACUCACCCUGCUGGUAUAGACACAGACUAACCCUGCUGGUAUAGACACAGACUAACCCUGCUGGUAUAGACACAGACUAACCCUGCUGGUAUAGACACAGACUCACCCUGCUGGUAUAGACACAGACUCACCCUGCUGGUAUAGACACAGACUCACCCUGCUGGUAUAGACACAGACUCACCCUGCUGGUAUAGACACAGACUCACCCUGCUGGUAUAGACACAGACCAACCCUGCUGGUAUAGACACAGACUAACCCUGCUGGUAGAGACACAGACUAACCCUGCUGGUAUAGACACAGACUCACCCUGCUGGUAUAGACACAGACUAACCCUGCUGGUAUAGACACAGACUAACCCUGCUGGUAUAGACACAGACCAACCCUGCUGGUAUAGACACAGACUAACCCUGUUGGUAUAGACACAGACCAACCCUGCUGGUAGAGACACAGACCAACCCUGCUGGUAUAGACACAGACCAACCCUGCUGGUAUAGACACAGACCAACCCUGCUGGUAGAGACACAGACUAACCCUGCUGGUAUAGAGACAGACGAACCCUGCUGGUAUAGACACAGACUAACCCUGCUGGUAGAGACACAGACUAACCCUGCUGGUAUAGACACAGACUCACCCUGCUGGUAUAGACACAGACUAACCCUGCUGGUAUAGACACAGACUAACCCUGCUGGUAUAGACACAGACUAACCCUGCUGGUAUAGACACAGACUAACCCUGCUGGUAGAGACACAGACUCACCCUGCUGGUAUAGACACAGACUAACCCUGCUGGUAUAGACACAGACCAACCCUGCUGGUAGAGACACAGACUCACCCUGCUGGUAUAGACACAGACUAACCCUGCUGGUAUAGACACAGACAAACCCUGCUGGUAGAGACACAGACUCACCCUGCUGGUAGAGACACAGACUCACCCUGCUGGUAGAGACACAGACUCACCCUGCUGGUAGAGACACAGACUAACCCUGCUGGUAUAGACACAGACUCACCCUGCUGGUAUAGACACAGACUAACCUGCUGGUAUAGACACAGACUAACCCUGCUGGUAUAGACACAGACUAACCCUGCUGGUAUAGACAUAGACUAACCCUGCUGGUAUAGACACAGACUAACCCUGCUGGUAUAGACACAGACUCACCCUGCUGGUAGAGACACAGACUAACCCUGCUGGUAGAGACACAGACUAACCCUGCUGGUAGAGACACAGACUAACCCUGCUGGUAUAGACACAGACUCACCCUGCUGGUAUAGACACAGACUAACCUGCUGGUAUAGACACAGACUCACCCUGCUGGUAUAGACACAGACUAACCCUGCUGGUAUAGACACAGACUCACCCUGCUGGUAUAGACACAGACUAACCCUGCUGGUAUAGACACAGACUAACCCUGCUGGUAUAGACACAGACUAACCCUGCUGGUAUAGACACAGACUCACCCUGCUGGUAUAGACACAGACUCACCCUGCUGGUAUAGACACAGACUCACCCUGCUGGUAUAGACACAGACUCACCCUGCUGGUAUAGACACAGGACUCAAACCCUGCUGGUAUAGACACAGACCAACCCUGCUGUAUAGACACAGACUAACCCUGCUGGUAGAGACACAGACUAACCCUGCUGGUUAUAGACACAGAUCACCCUGCUGGUAUAGACACGAACUAACCCUGCUGGUAUAGACACAGACUAGCCCUGCUGGUAUAGACACAGACACCCUGCUGGUAUAGACACAGACCAACCCUGCUGGUAUAGACACAGACCAACCCUGCUGGUAUAGACACCAGACCAACCCUGCUGGUAGAGACAACAGACUACCUGCUGGUAUAGACAUAGACUAACCUUGCUGGUAUAGACCACAGACUAACCCUGCUGGUAGAGACACAGACUCACCCUGCUGGUAUAGACACAGAACCCUAACCCUGCUGGUAUAGACACAGACCAACCCUGCUGGUAGAGACACAGACUCCCAGACUCACCCUGCUGGUAUAGACACAGACUCAACCCUGCUGGUAGAGACACAGACUCAACCCUGCUGGUAGAGACACAGACUCACCCUGCUGGUAGAGACACAGACUAACCCUGCUGGUAGAGACACAGACUCACCCUGCUGGUAGAGACACAGACUAACCCUGCUGGUAUAGACACAGACUCACCCUGCUGGUAUAGACACAGACUAACCCUGCUGGUAUAGACACAGACUAACCCUGCUGGUAUAGACACAGACUAACCCUGCUGGUAUAGACACAGACUAACCCUGCUGGUAUAGACACAGACUAACCCUGCUGGUAUAGACACAGACUCACCCUGCUGGUAGAGACACAGACUCACCCUGCUGGUAGAGACACAGACUAACCCUGCUGGUAGAGACACAGACUAACCCUGCUGGUAGAGACACAGACUAACCCUGCUGGUAGAGACACAGACUCACCCUGCUGGUAGAGACACAGACUCAACCCUGCUGGUAGAGACACAGACUAACCCUGCUGGUAUAGACACAGACUAACCCUGCUGGUAUAGACACAGACUAACCUGCUGGUAUAGACACAGACUAACCCUGCUGGUAUAGACACAGACUAACCCUGCUGGUAUAGACACAGACUAACCCUGCUGGUAUAGACACAGACUACACCCUGCUGGUAUAGACACAGACUCACCCUGCUGGUAGAGACACAGACUAACCCUGCUGGUAGAGACACAGACUAACCCUGCUGGUAGAGACACAGACUAACCCUGCUGGUAUAGACACAGACUAACCCUGCUGGUAAGACACAGACUAACCCUGCUGGUAAGACACAGACUCACCCUGCUGGUAGAGACACAGACUAACCCUGCUGGUAUAGACACAGACUACCCUGCUGGUAAGACACAGACUAACCCUGCUGGUAUAGACACAGACUAACCCUGCUGGUAUAGACACAGACUAACCCUGCUGGUAUAGACACAGACUACACCCUGUGGUAUAGACACAGACUAACCCUGCUGGUAUAGACACAGACUAACCCUGCUGGUAUAGACACAGACUAACCCUGCUGGUAUAGACACAGACUAACCCUGCUGGUAUAGACACAGACUAACCCUGCUGGUAUAGACACAGACUAACCCUGCUGGUAUAGACACAGACUAACCCUGCUGGUAUAGACACAGACAACCCUGCUGGUAAGACACAGACUAACCCUGCUGGUAUAGACACAGACUAACCCUGCUGGUGUAGAGACACAGACUAACCCUGCUGGUAUAGACACAGACUAACCCUGCUGGUAUAGACACAGACUAACCCUGCUGGUAUAGACACAGACUAACCCUGCUGGUAUAGACACAGAACCUAACACCUCCGCUGGUAUAGACACAGACUAACCCUGCUGGUAUAAGACACAGAUACAACCCUGCUGGUAUAGACACAGACAACCCUGCUGGUAUAGACACAGACUAACCCUGCUGGUAUAGACACAGACUAACCCUGCUGGUAUAGACACAGACUAACCCUGCUGGUAUAGACACAGACUAACCCUGCUGGUAUAGACACAGACUAACCCUGCUGGUAUAGACACAGACUACCCUGCUGGUAUAGACACAGACUAACCUGCUGGUAUAGACACAGACUAACCCUGCUGGUAUAGACACAGACUAACCCUGCUGGUAUAGACACAGACUAACCCUGCUGGUAUAGACACAGACUAACCCUGCUGGUAUAGACACAGACUAACCCUGCUGGGAUAGACACAGACUAACCCUGCUGGUAUAAGAACACAGACUAACCCUGCUGGUAUAACAAGAAACAACUACCCUCGGUAAGACACAGACUACCCUGCUGGUAUAGACACAGACUAACCCUGCUGGUAUAGACACAGACUCACCCUGCUGGUAUAGACACAGACUAACCUGCUGGAUAGACCAGCAACCCUGCUGGUAUAGACACAGACUAACCCUGCUGGUAUAGACACAGACUAACCCUGCUGGUAUAGACACAGACUACCCUGCUGGUGUAGACACAGACUAACCCUGCUGGUAUAGACACAGACUAACCCUGCUGGUAUAGACACAGACUACCCCUGCUGGUAUAGACACAGACUAACCCUGCUGGUAUAGACACAGACUAACCCUGCUGGUAUAGACACAGACUCACCCUGCUGGUAUAGACACAGACUAACCCUGCUGGUAUAGACACAGACUCACCCUGCUGGUAUAGACACAGACUAACCCUGCUGGUAUAGACACAGACUACCCUGCUGGUAUAGACACAGACUAACCCUGCUGGUAGAGACACAGACUAACCCUGCUGGUAUAGACACAGACUAACCCUGCUGGUAGAGACACAGACUAACCCUGCUGGUAUAGACACAGACUAACCCUGCUGGUAUAGACACAGACUAACCCCUGCUGGUAUAGACACAGACUAACCCUGCUGGUAUAGACCACAGACUCACCCUGCUGGUAUAGACACAGACUAACCCUGCUGGUAGAGACACAGACUAACCCCUGCUGGUAUAGACCAGACUAACCCUGCUUGGAUAUAGACACAGGACUACCCUGCUGGUAGAGACACAGAGACUAACCCUGCUGUUAGAACACUAACCCUGCUGGUAUAGACACAGACUCACCCUGCUGGUAUAGACACAGACUAACCUGCUGGUAUAGACACAGACUCACCCUGCUGGUAGUAGACACAGACUAACCCUGCUGGUAUAGACACAGACUAACCCUGCUGGUAUAGACACAGACUAACCCUGCUGGUAGGGCCAGACUACCUGCGGUAAGACACGACUAACCCUGCUGGUAUAGACACAGACUAACCCUGCUGGUAUAGACACAGACUAACCCUGCUGGUAUAGACACAGACUAACCCUGCUGGUAUAGACACAGACUCACCCUGCUGGUAUAGACACAGACUAACCCUGCUGGUAUAGACACAGACUAACCCUGCUGGUAGAGACACAGACUAACCCUGCUGGUAGAGACACAGACUAACCCUGCUGGUAGAGACACAGACUAACCCUGCUGGUAUAGACACAGACUAACCCUGCUGGUAGAGACACAGACUAACCCUGCUGGUUAGAAGACUCACCCUGCUGUAUAGACACAGACUAACCCUGCUGGUAGAGACACAUGACUCAACACCUGCUGGUAUAGACACAGACUACACCCUGCUGGUAUAGACACAGACUACCCUGCUGGUAUAGACACAGACUAACCCUGCUGGUAGAGACACAGACUACCCUGCUGGUAGAGACACAGACUAACCCUGCUGGAUAGACAGACAAUACCCUGCUGGUAUAGCGGACCGACUCACCCUGCUGGUAUAGACACAGACUACCCUGCUGGUAUAGACAAGACUAACCCUGCUGGUAUAGACAACAGACUAACCCUGCUGGUAUAGAACACAGACUAACCCUGCUGGUAUAGACACAGACUACCCUGCUGGUAUAGACAACAGACUAACCUGCUGGUAGAGACACAGACUCACCUGCUGGUAUAGACACAGACUCACCCUGCUGGUAGAGACACAGACUAACCCUGCUGGUAUAGACACUACUAACCCUGCGGUAUAGACACAGACUACACCUGCUGGUAUAGACACAGGACUAACCCUGCUGGGUAUAGACACAGACUAACCCUGCUGGUAUAGACACAGACUAACCCUGCUGGUAUAGACACAGACUACCCUGCUGGUAUAGACACAGACUAACCUGCUGGUAUAGACACAGACUAACCCUGCUGGUAUAGACACAGACUAACCCUGCUGGUAUAGACACAGACUAACCCUGCUGGUAUAGACACAGACUAACCCUGCAGGUAUAGACACAGACUAACCCUGCUGGUAUAGACACAGACUAACCCUGCUGGUAUAGACACAGACUAACCCUGCUGGUAUAGACACAGACUAACCUGCUGGUAUAGACACAGACUAACCCUGCUGGUAUAGACACAGACUAACCCUGCUGGUAUAGACACAGACUACAACCCCUGCUGGUAUAGACACAGACUAACCUGCUGGUAUAGACACAGACUAACCCUGCUGGUAUAGACACAGACUAACCCUGCUGGUAUAGACACAGACUAACCCUGCUGGUAUAGACACAGACUAACCUGCUGGUAUAGACACAGACUAACCCUGCUGGUAUAGACACAGACUAACCCCGAUGGUAUAGACACAGACUAACCCCGCUGGUAUAGACACAGACUAACCCUGCUGGUAUAGACACAGACUCACCCUGCCAGGGCUGGUAUAGACAGACUCACCCUGCCAGGUAGGGUAUAGACACAGACUAACCCUGACAGGGCUGGUAUAGACACAGACUCACCGUGCCAGGGCUGGUAUAGACAGACUCACCUGCCAGGGCUGGUAUAGACACAGACUCACCCUGCCAGGGCUGGUAUAGACACAGACUCACCCUGCCAGGGCUGGUAUAGACACAGGACUAACCCUGCUGGUAUAGACACAGACUCAACCUGCCAGGGCUGGUAUAGACACAGACUCACCCUGCCAGGGCUGGUAUAGACACAGACUCACCCUGCCAGGCUGGUUAUAGACACAGACUCACCUGCCAGGGCUGGUAUAGACACAGACUAACCCUGCUGGUAUAGACACAGACUCACCCUGCCAGGGCUAGUAUAGACACAGACUCACCCUGCCAGGGCUGGUAUAGACACAGACUCACCCUGCCAGGGCUGGUGUAGACACAGACUCACCCUGCCAGGGCUGGUAUAGACAGACUCACCCUGCCAGGGCUGGUAUAGACACAGACUCACCCUGCCAGGGCUGGUAUAGACACAGACUCACCCUGCCAGGGCUGGUAUAGACACAGACUCACCCUGCCAGGGCUGGUAUAGACACAGACUCACCCUGCCAGGGCUGGUAUAGACACAGACUCACCCUGCCAGGGCUGGUAUAGACACAGACUCACCCUGCCAGGGCUGGUAUAGACACAGACUAACCCUGCUGGUAUAGACACAGACUAACCCUGCUGGUAUAGACACAGACUCACCCUGCCAGGGCUGGUAUAGACACAGACUCACCCUGCCAGGGCUGGUAUAGACACAGACUCACCCUGCCAGGGCUGGUAUAGACACAGACUAACCCUGCUGGUAUAGACACAGACUAACCCUGCUGGUAUAGACACAGACUCACCCUGCCAGGGCUGGUAUAGACACAGACUAACUCUGCUGGUAUAGACACAGACUCACCCUGCCAGGGCUGGUGUAGACACAGACGGUGGAGUUGCGAGGACAUCCUCCGUUGUCCUUGUCACAUGGGUUGAUAGGAACACAUACCCGGCCAUUCCCUUG